AUGGUUAGCUUGGGUCAUGUUCAUCGGAGGCAGUCUGGUGCAAGCAACCGGUCUUCCGUCGACGAGUCAAAGGUUUCUGAUGCCGAGGAUGAGACUACGGUCGUUGAGCCAGAUCAGGGAAAUGUUCUCUCACACAUCAUCUCACAGCUUCGUCCGGGGGCUGAUCUGAGCCGCGUCGUCUUGCCUACCUUUAUUCUCGAGCCCAGAAGUAUGCUGGAAAGAAUCACAAACUUCAUGGCACAUCCGGAAACUCUGCUUCCCAUGGCGGAGGUCGAGGACCCCUUGCAAAGAUUUACUUCGGUGGUGAAGUUCUACCUGAGUGGAUGGCACAUCAAACCUCCAGGGGUUAAGAAACCACUCAAUCCUAUCCUCGGCGAAAUUUAUACUUGUUAUUGGCAGUUUCCAGAUAAUACAAAGGGAUACUAUAUUUCCGAGCAAACCUCUCAUCAUCCUCCGAAAUCAAGCUACUUUUACAUGGCGCCAGAACACAAUAUACGAAUCGACGGAUGUUUGAAACCUCGAAGCAAAUUUUUGGGCAAUUCUGCGGCUAGUAUGAUGGAGGGUAUUGCUAUUUUGAGAUUUUUGAACAGAGGGACUGGACCUAAAGGAGAAAGAUACAUUCUGACUCAACCCAACAUGUACGCUCGAGGUAUUCUUUUCGGUAAGAUGAAGUAUGAGCUCGGUGAUCAUAGUUUUGUGCGCUGCCCGGAGCUCGGAUUGAGCGCAGAUAUUGAGUUCAAGACGAAGGGCUACUUUGGAGGAACUUACAAUGCUAUUGGGGGUAGUAUCAAGAAUGACAAGACAGGGGAAAUUCUCUAUGAACUUUCGGGUAUGUGGAAUGGAGAAAUGUUUAUCAAGAACGUGAAGACGGGUAAGAAAGAUCUUUUGUUUGAUGCUACGAGAGCGAGACCAUCACCUCCAUUAGUGAGACCUUUAGAAGAACAAGAUGAUAGAGAAUCGCAAAAGUUAUGGUUUAAGACGGCAAAAGCGGUCAAAGAACGCAACCACGAAGUUGCGACAGAUGAGAAGACAUUUAUCGAAGAUAUGCAGAGAGAUGAGGCUGCAAAGAGAGCAGAAGAUGGUGUUGAGUGGACUCCAAGGUUGUUUAGACCAGUACGAGGUGGCCCCGGCGGGUCCGAAGAGGGCGAAGAAGAUCUCGAUUGGAUCUUGAAUGCAAGCAUUGAUGGCGCUAGUCCACAAGAACAGACGGAACAAAUCCUCGCGGUUUAUCCAAUCCUUCCAGGUCAGAAAUUCACGGAAAAGAACCGUAUUCCUCCACAGCAUCACCAACAUACAGAACAGGCCAAUCCAUUACCACCCACGAUCCCAGUGGCAGCAGCUCCAGUCUCAAUUCCCUCUCAGGAGAAGGACAAGGAGAAUCUCAUUGAUUUGGGAAGAGAAUCACCAGCGCCAGUCCAAUCCCAGCAUGUACCAGCUGAUCUCCUUGCAGCUCAGACAAAAAAUAAUGGGCAGCAACAAAAGGAUCUUGAGCGAAUCCUCCAGUCCACUAGUACGGUCCAAGGUCAGAACCAGGGUCCAUUAAUCGACUUCCAUGAUGAUCUAAGAAAAGACUUACCAGCAGCUACUGACACCCAGGGAACGGCCACCUCCACUCUGUAUCGACAGGAUACGGAUACUCACAGUGUAGACGAGUUUGUAGAUGCUGAGGGAUGA